UAUCAAUCUCAUUUCAACUGUGAACUUCGAGUCUUCGACAUUUCAACGGUGAACUUCGAAUCUUCGACAUUUCAACGGUGAACCAUUACUGUUUGAGAGCCAUGCCUUACAAGUUAAGAACAAGAUUAGUAAGGACUCCUGAGCGUCCGUCCUCCAGUAGAAAUCUGGUCUGUCAGACAGUAGAUCCCAUCCAGGACAUUUCAACGGUGAACCAUUACCGUUUGAGAGCCAUGCCUUACAAUUUAAGAACAAGAUUAGUAAGGACUCCUGAGCGUCCGUCCUCCAGUAGAAAUCUGGUCUGUCAGACAGUAGAUCCCAUCCAGGACAUGCUGAACAACAGGUCAGGUGGAAACCAGAGGGCCACCAACAGAAAGUCUGACGAGAGCCAUGAAAGAGCCAUCAAGACUAGCAGGACAAAUCAAUGUCCCUCUGAGGGCUUCAGACCGUCAUUCAGCAGAGGAAACUUUAACUCCGCUGAGGAUGCUGGGACAUCGACACCCGCCUGCGCCAGCAUUAGCUCCAAAUCUGAGGAGAAGAAGGGCAGGAAGAGGAGGUUCGAGGACACAGGAGCAUACGGGAAGAGGAAAAGAACGUUCAUGAGUCCCAAUGAGGGCACCAGCUACCAGGACACCACUGAGACCACCCCUGAGGCCAUCCCUGAGACCAUCCCUGACGCCAUCCCUGAGGCCACCCCUGAAACCUCCCUCAGGUCCGGAUCUGAUACCUUCAUCAGCACCAACUCUGAGGAGAAGAAGGGCAGGAAGAGGAAGUCUGAGGACACAGGAGAAUACGGGAAGAGGAGAAAAACGCCCCUCAGUUCCGGUACGGACACCAGCUACCAGGGCACCAAUGAUACCACCACUGAGUCCACCCCUGAGACCAUCCCUGAGACCACCUCCAGUGAUGAAUUUGACACCUCCUCCACACAAAACAGUAGAGAAAUCUUUGACUCUGAUGAGGAUACUGUGUCAUGGAUACCCGCCAGCACUGACUCUGAGGAGAAGAAGAGCAGGAAGAGGAAGUCUGAGGACACAGGAGACUACGGGAAGAGGAGAAGAACGUCCCUCAAUCCCAGUGCGGGCACCAGCUACCCCUGGUACCAGGCACCCCUGUGCUACCUCUCGAACCCAUUUCCUUCUCUUUUUAAUCUCUUUUUUCCAUCCAUCCCUGAGACCAUCCCUGAGACCAUCCCUGAGACCAUCCCUAAGGCCAUCCCUGAGACCAUCCCUGAGGCCAUCCCUGAGACCAUCCCUGAGACCACCCCUAAGGCCACCAGUAGCGACUCUGACACCACCUUCCCAGAAGCCACUCUGUUUCACAACAGAGCUGACUUUGAGGCGAAAUAUGAGGAAGAGGGAAUGCUGGGUGAAGGAAGCUUCGGAGCAGUCUUUGCUGGCCACCGCAAGGACGACCAUCUGCCUGUGGCCAUAAAGCGUAUCCGCGAGUUUCUUUACACAACAGUGGAUUUGGAUGGGGAAGUUACAGAUCUCCCUACAGAGGUGGCGCUGCUGCUGUACCUCAAUCAAGCAGGAGCAGGAACCAGUGCCGUGGUGGGCCUGCUGGACUGGUACAAUCUGGACAAUGAGCUGAUUCUCGUCCUAGAGAGACCCGUCCCCUGCAUGGAUCUCUAUAACUAUUUGGGGUCCAUACAGUCAUCAAUACAGGAGGACAUGGGCCGGAUCAUAACAAAACAACUGGUGGAAGGUCUCCAAGAGGUCCACUCCGGAGAAGUUUUCCACAGGGACAUCAAGAUGGAAAACAUCCUCAUCGAAACCGGUUCUGAUGUCCCACGUGUCUGGAUCAUUGACUUUGGCUCUGGCGAAUUUCUGACAGAGGAGAGGUACACUGAAAAUGAAGGUAGGCUGUCGUUCUUAUGGUCCUGUUCUCUGAAACAACCCAGCAUCUUUGCCGUCUCUGUCCUGUACUCCCGUCCCUCAUCCAUUAACCUUUGUCUCUGUGUGGCUGUAUGUAUUGUAGGUACCCUGGUAUACACUACUCCUGAGUAUAUCCGGCGUGGGUGGUCCACGCCUGAAGCUACCACGGUGUGGCAGCUCGGUGCGGUGCUGUUUGAGAUGCUGCAUGAUGGGGUGACCCCCUUCCAUAGCCCCUGUGACAUCAUCAAUGCAAUCCCUGACAUCCGUGACACUCUUUCCUACAAUUGCCAAGAUUUUAUAGCACGCUGUAUGGACAAGAGCCCAGAGGCCCGACCCACCCUGGAGACUCUUAAGCACCACCCCUGGCUCGUGUGAGCUGUGGUCCUGAGGGAUCCAGUCUGAUGUGAUACAGACUGGACCUCUCGGACCACGGAUGGAUCCCUGAAGACCACGGAAGGACCUCGUCCAGGGUUAACGCUGCUGUAGUCCCCAUAUGUGGCUCCCAUUGCACUCUCUCUUGAAGCAGAAGAAAUCAGACGGAGAGGCUGGUGGCGUCAAUCUCUAGUAGGGCUGUGACGGGGAGGAAAAUUUCUUGUGACAACAUGGGUGUUACCGAUUACACCAGAGAUUUUACAGGAAAAGAUGACGGUCAUCAUGUGUAGCCGCUUACUUUGAUCUUUACCUUCAGGUGGCUGAGUGACUAGCCUCUCCGGUAGAACUUUUGCUGCGGAGCCGCUGGGGUGUACCCGGCGCCGCUCCGCCGCGCACACCAGCUAUGACCGUUCCGUCCUCCUCUUAGCAUUGGGUAUAAAUCUGAAAUUUAAACCGCGUUUGCUUUCCUCUGCCAUCUCUCGGUCU